GUGCUGGGUCGGAUGACGGGCUGAACCCGCCUUGGUCGCCUGCGAUUUCUCACGAAGUCUGCCGGCACCAGCAGCGUCAGCCACAAAUGAGACGAUCGAGACCCGGAGACCUGAUGACCUGUGGCUUGAACGCAGCCUCAGCCAGUCAACGGCCCGACGCUUCAGCAAGAAAGCGGCCGAAAAAUUAAAGGCGUUACGUCAGAGUCUGUGACCUGAGGCUGGUGCUCGUCCGCCCCCCCGCUCGAUUGCCACACUUAAAACAGCGCUUGCUGUCUCGGUGCCCCAUGAUCUCUCUCGUCCUUUUAUUUUCCAUCCUUUCAUUCAAGGCCGUCAUCUCUUUCAACCUGCUAGGCCUAUGAUUCCAUCUUCCAGCUUCUGAUUACCUGGUUUAUCACCACCACAGCCCAAUUAUGGCUUACUACGACAGCCGGCCAUACCCUCCACACGAGCGCUAUCCCCCCGCCGAAUAUCCUGAGACCCCGUAUUACCACGGGGGCCGCCAGCCGACGGAUGUAGUUGCGCCUCCUCCUGUCAAUCCAUCCGGCGGCACCAGAGACUCCUACUAUAGCAACCAUCCCGCAGGAGACGCCUACGAAUACGGCUAUGACGACCCUCACCACUCGAGACGCUCGCGCAAGAAGAGCCACCGCACACACUCUGUCGAUGGAUACUACGAUGACCCAUACGAGGACUACGAACCCCGCUCCCGGCGAUCUAGACAAUAUGAUGAACGACGCGGCCGUGAAAAGUACGCCUAUUCUCCGUCGACCAGCCGCUCGCCUCCUCGCCGUCGGCGUUCCCUAUCUGAGCGUGCCCUAGGCGCUCUGGGCCUAGGAGGCGCCGCCGCCGCCGCAGCAGCAGGAUCCAAGCAUCAUGAUAGCGGACGGGACCGUUCCCGUGGCCGUGACCACCGCCGAUCUUACUCGUACUCGCCAUCUCCGACUCGUGGAAGCCAUCACCGUGGUAAGAGCGAAGCGCGCAUUGCACAGGCUGUCAAGGCGGCUCUGACUGCGGGCGCCGUGGAAGCCUUCCGUGCGCGCAAGGAGCCUGGCGACUGGUCUGGUGCCAAGGGCAAGCGCGUUCUUACAGCUGCGCUGGCUGCCGGAGGAACUGAUGGGCUGGUUGACCGGAACCCUGACAAGCACAGCAAGCGCCAUAUCCUCGAGUCUACUCUUGCAGGUCUUGCUACCAACCGGGUUGUUAACGGAUCGCGGUCCCGCUCGCGAUCUCGCAGGCGUUCUCGCUCUCACGGUCGAAGCAAGACCAAGGAUGCCGCUCUCAUGGGUCUCUUGGCUACGGCCGGCAAGGAGGCCUACGAUCGGUACCAGAAGUCUCAGUCUCGGCCACGGCACCGUCGCCGGUCUACCUCUCGCGAUAGCUAUGAUGAUGACUACGACUACGACUCUCGCCAUCGCGGCUCCAAGAAGCGGAGCAAGAGCGUGUCGGACUACGUCAACGAGGGCCUAGCCGCCCUGGGCCUGGGAGACAAGACGGAGAAGGGUGAUAAGGAUGAUCGGCGCCGCCGUCACCGUGAACAUCGGUCGUCCCGCUACGAUGACUACUCGGACGGUGACCGAUACAGUGACGAUGAUUACCGCCGCCGUCAUCCAAGCCCACCCCGGACUAGGCAUUCCAGAGAUGUGAGUGCACCUCGUUAUAUCGCUGCAUCGGGAGCUAGGGGCGAUGAGGGAUACGGUCGCAUGGAAGUUGGUCCCUAUACUCAACGCCCCGACUCCCGACGUACCAGCGAGCAACCACGUGAUCGGAAACAGAAUGGUUCUGACGGGGAUGACAGUAUCGAUGAGCACAAGCGGCUCAAGAAACUCAACCGGGAGACACUAUGGGCCACGGGCAUAGCAGCCGCAGCAACCAUCCAUGCCGCCCACUCCCUCACCGAGAACAUGGAAAAGCACAAGGAGCGCGCGAAGCAGAUAAAGGAGGGUGAAAUUACUGCCGAUGAGGCGCGCUCGCGCAAGAGGAAGAAUCAGCUUUCCGACCUUGCAAGCGUCGGCGUCGCCGCGUUGAGUAUUCAGACAGCAGUUGGUGAAUGGAAGAAUUUUGACCAGAAACGUCGCGAGCGCGCAAAGUGCCACAGAGAGUGUAAAGAACGUUCCAAGUCCAUGAGUGGUCAAGGAGGUUAUCAAAAAAGCCACUCCAACUCCAAGUCUCGGCCUCACCGCGCCCAGAGCCUGAAUUACGGCCAUGCGCCUCCCCCAGCCCGGACUGUGUAUCCCGAUGAGAUCGAGGAGAACUGGUCUGAUGCCAGGCCGAGAUCUGUAAGAUCGCCUGGGGUGAUAGUUUAAUCCCUUCCAUCUCUACUCUCCCAUUUUCCUUCUACUUUAUUUCCUCGCUAUAUUUCUUGAUACACUUUGUUUGUUUUUUGUUUGUUUUUUUUUCGAUACGAAGCGACUGCUAUUGUGUCUGCACGAGACUAUGAUUCAUGAGACGACGACCACGACACAACAUACACGAUAUGACCAUGACCACGACACAUGACCCCUCUAUGUUAUUCCCAAUUAUCCGCAUGACCGAGACUGUACUAUGAUGUACUAUGAUAUUAUGCCACGAUACGACCUCGAUCUUUGCACCUGCUACACUUAUGCCUCGCCAUACUCUCUUCUUGCUUACAUUACGUUUCGGGCUGCACUUUUAUACCUCUCGCUUAGUCUGCUGUACAUCACAUCGCGUUUACUAUACAUUCAUCGCAUCGCAUUUACAUCUAUCUCUUUUCAAGAUGGUUUUCUGUACCAGUAUCCAGUUUCGAUUUUCUAUUCUGCAAAUACAUGCGAGCAUAGCGGCUACUACAGUACAAAUGGUAAAAGUGUAUUUACUUGGUUUGGGUUCUUCGCUCCAUAUAAUAAUGGGAUGUCUGUCUUUCCUGA